AUGAGAGCUUUCUUCUUGCUAAUGGAGGUGAAGAUGAAGGUGUUGGUUAUCGCAGCAACAUGGAUUUGGAGUGCCAUGGUCGGAGCUGCAUGGAAUUCCGAUUUGUGCCUAGUAUCCAGAGAACGUAGAUUCGGUAUAGGACUGACCUAUACGGUGAUGCCACCAGAAAAAGUUACUCGGAGUUUCUGCAAGAUCUACGAGGCCAUCUGGCAAGUGGAAAUAAGGUUCACGCUAGCAAUAAAUGUCACCAAUGCAUAUGUGGUGGCUUAUCGGGCAAGUGAUCAGUCCUACUUCUUCAGUGACUCUAAAGGGCCUGCAUUUUCUAAACUUUUCACUGAGACAAAACGUGACUACCUUUCGUUCACCGGUAACUAUAUGGAUCUUCAAAGAAUUGCAGGAGCAGGUCGAAAGGACAUACCCCUAGGAAUGUCAGAUCUCGAUCAAGCCAUCACGAACCUCUAUUAUUGGAGAAGCGGCCCUGGUACUACAGAAAACACCGUCGCUCGUUCCCUUUUGGUUGCCAUUCAGAUGGUUGCGGAAGCAGCACGAUUCAGAUAUAUUGAGAAUUCCGUGCGUCGCAGCAUCAAAGCCACAAGUACCUUUCUGCCAGAUGAUGCCACGCUGAGCUUAGAAAACAAUUGGGGAGCUCUCUCCACUGCAAUCCAACAAUCCAAUCAAGGAGUCUUCGGGAGACCAGUUCAAUUACGAAAACCUGACGGUACAUCUUUCAACGUGGACAGUGUAACUGAUAGCUUAAUCAGUAACCUGGGACUCCUAUUAUUCGUCUGCAACCCCCAAGCAUCUCGAUUUAAUAGGUCUAUGGAUGUCAAAUAUUACAGUAACAAUGUUUGUUCUGUUCCAGAGCCCACGAUUCGCAUCACUGGUAGAAAUGGUCUGUGUGCUGAUGUAAAAGAUGGAGUAUAUGCUGAUGGAAAUCCGAUACAAUUGCAACAGUGUAAAUCUACUCCAGAAUUGAAUCAACUGUGGACCCUGAAAAAAGAUAGGAAAAUUCAAUCUAAUGGCAAGUGCUUGACCAAGGACAAUAGACUAAGCUCCGUGAUGAUCUACGAUUGCAAUAAGGCUGUGACAAUGGGCGCAAAUGUCCUCUGCACAUCUUCAGGGAAUGCUGGCUCCAACCUCAUUAUGGCCACCAACAACUACGCCUCUAGUCAGGGCUGGCUGGCCAGGAAUAACACAACGCCUUUCGUCACCUCCAUUUUUGGGUUUGAUGAUUUAUGCUUAGUACAGGGAGAUAGAACGUCCCUUUGGUUAGCAGAAUGCCGUAGUGGCCGGAUAGAACAAAAAUGGGCUCUCUAUGCAGAUGGUUCUAUACGACCUCAACAAGAUCAGAACAUGUGCAUCAGCUGCAAUAGCAAUAAUCAACCAGGAACCAUUGUCCUCAUCCUCCCUUGUUCUGGUUCUUCUCAACAACGUUGGAUGUUUAAAAAUGAUGGCACAAUGUUGAAUUUGUUCAGUGGACUCGCGAUGGAUGUGAGGCUUUCCGACCCAAGCCUUAAAGAAAUCGUCAUUUCUCAACCCACUGGAAACCUUAGCCAGAAGUGGCUUCCAGUGCCUUGA